GUACCUCGAAGUUCCUUUCAGCGCCUUGCAACGCAUACACCGAGACAGACACAGACAUCGUUCGACACACGGUCAUGAUGGCGGAGCACAGCGGCGGCGGCGGCAACACGCGGCCCCCGUGCGCGGUGGUCUGCGUUGGGAUGGCGGGAUCCGGCAAGACGACCUUCAUGCAGCGCAUCAACGCGCAUCUUCACAACAGCAGCAGCAGUGGCGGCGGCAGCGAUGUCCGCGGACGAUCAGCGCCUCCCUACGUCGUAAACCUCGAUCCUGCAGUGCGACACUUGCCCUUUGACUCCAACAUCGACAUCCGCGACUCGGUCAACUACAAGGAAGUUAUGAAGCAGUACCGUCUGGGCCCCAAUGGCGGCAUCCUUACCAGUCUCAACCUGUUCAGCACCAAGAUCGACCAGGUCAUGUCCAUCCUGGAGAAGCGCUGUCUGCCUGCUGCUGCUGCUUCCACCACCUCCGUUCCUUCCACCACCCCUUUCCACAUCAUCGUCGACACGCCCGGCCAGAUCGAGGUCUUUGUGUGGUCCGCCUCGGGCAAUAUCCUGCUCUCUUCGCUGGCCUCGAGCUUUCCUACUGUCAUCGCUUACAUUAUCGAUACGCCGCGCUCCACCGAGAACACCAGCACUUUCAUGUCCAACAUGCUCUAUGCUAUCAGUAUCCUGUAUAAGACCAAACUGCCCAUGGUCCUCGUUUUCAACAAGACCGACGUCAAGUCUGAAGAGGGCGCUGUUGAGUGGAUGCGCGACUUUGAGGCGUUUCAGGCCGCUGUGCAGCGCGAGGAAGACGAUCAGCGCGAGGGCGGUGGCUACAUGGGUCCUUUGCUCAACAGCAUGAGCCUAGUGUUGGAGGAGUUCUACAACCAUCUGUCCGUCGUCGGCGUGUCCUCUAUGACGGGCGACGGCAUCGACGACUUUUUCCACGCCGUGGAGACGAAGCGACAGGAGUUUGAGACGGACUACAUGCCGGAGCUGGAAAGACGGCGGCAGGAAGCACAGGAGCAGAGGGGGCAAAUUCACGAGCAGGAAGUGAACAGGAUGAUGAACGACAUGAGUGUUUCCUCCAGAGCAAAGGGCACCGGCAAAUAUGCCAAGAAAGAGGAGCCGGAGACUGUCAGCGACAUGGAAGACAUGGAGGACGAGGACGAGGACGAUGCCGGUCGUGUCGAUCCCGACGAGGCAGAGGAAGAAGAAAUCAACAAGGCAUUCGAGGAAGGCGUCAAGGCUCGCUACGAAGCCGCUUUGCGAGGAAGCGACCCUGCUGGUGUCGCCAGUUCAGCUGAGUAUAUUCGACAAAGUCAACGAUGAGAUAUUUUUGCCAUACCGCUGGGGCACAGUGCGGAAGUGCAUCAAGCAUCGUGCUGGCGUGGUAGAAUUCUCAAAAGUGGGGGAAGAGGUGCAGGUUGGCAGCUGUGCUUAGGCGACUAGACUGGCCGGCCUUGAUCCGCUUCGUCACAAGAAAAGUCCCUUUUGCAUGCAGGCCGAGCGCAGAUAGCCUUGUGACUCGAGACGAGCACUGGCUACGGGCACUACGAGCUAUCGGACGACGAUGUUGUUCACAGUCUGCAAGUAACUGAAUUUGCUGAGAUGUGACUAGUCUCAAACAGUACGACCCAUGGAGUACUUGUCCGUGUGCUAUUCGUGAGGAAAAACAGUACAUGAAACCGGUAGAGACACAUAUUGAGGAGAGCUUGAAGUAUACCUGCCUUACCUCCUAGGUGGUAUGUCAGCUUCCAGCUCGAGUAAGGCAGCCAAUGCAGCUCAAUGUGAUAUAGCCCGAACUCGACAGAGAGAAAUCCGCUUUGACGAGACCCUGCCUUACCUUCUACGUCGGUACAUGUACCUACCUUAUGCAAU